UUUACAGCAAACAAAUCGUCGGACAAAUGCGGCUUUAGCGUCGAAUCUCGACGGCAUUCCAAAUUCUGCAAUUUCAGAAGAAACUUGUAUUUCAACGGAGUGGGGAGAGAGAGAGACAAAGUCUAGGUUUCUGCAUUGCCGAGUGGUGGAUACGCCAUGGUGCUAGUACGAGAUCCUUUCUCUCCUAUUUAUAUUCUACGGCAUCUGGCGUUGCUCUGCGUCGCCUUUCUCUUCUGCACCAGCUGCAUCGCUCUCGUUGCUGGCAAUGGCGUUGUUCAGGACGGUAAGAAGGGCCCAAACCCUUCCGGCUGCAAUAAUACGUACCAGAUGGUCAAAGUAAAGAGUUGGUUAGAUGGCAUUGAGUGUCCUGAAAUAGUAGGCAUGAGUGCUAGAUUUGGUGCAACAUUGCCAAGGUAUCUUCCUGAAGCUGUAAAAAGGCCUGUUGUACUUACAAAUCCAGUCACUUCGUGUGGUAAAUUAUUGUCCAAGAUAUCUGAUUCUAUUGCAUUGGCCAUGCGCGGUGACUGUGACUUCACCGACAAGGCAAAAAUUGCACAGUCUACAGGUGCAACAGGCUUAAUGGUGGCUAAUGAUGAUGAAGAACUUUUCGAGAUGGUUUGCACUGGAAAUGAAUAUGUCAAUAGCAUCACAAUUCCAGUCAUAAUGAUCCCAAAAUCUGCGGGAGAUAAUAUUAGGAAAUCUCUGGCUAAUGGUGGCAAGAUGGAUGUUCUAUUGUAUUCUCCAAUUAGGCCAGUUGUGGACAUUUCAGCUUUCUUUUUGUGGUUAAUGGCUGUUGCAACUGUUAUUUGUGCUUCCUUCUGGCCCAACCUUGUUUCUUAUGACCAGGGUGAUGAGCGUUAUGAUCAUCUCACAAGAAAGGAUCUGUCCAGCUCCGUUGCUAACUUGAAGGAAACUACAGCAAAAGAAAUACUCAAAGUUUCUACGAAGGGGGCAAUAAUUUUCAUUGUAGCAGCAUCCAUUUUUUUGAUGUUGCUUUACCUUUUCAUGUCAAAAUGGUUUAUAAAGCUGUUAAUUGUACUGUUCUGCAUUGGCAGUGUACAGGGAAUGCAAUUUGUCGUGGUUUCACUUAUUUCAAGGAUGUUUAAGGGCUGUGGGAAGAUCACAUUAGAACUCCCGAUAUUUGGUGAGUUUACUAUUCUUUCACUUGUCCUGUUACCAGUCUGUAUCGCAUUCGUCGUAGUCUGGGCCACCCAUCAAAGUUCAACUUAUGCUUGGAUAGGCCAGGAUAUUCUUAGCAUCUGUUUGUUGAUUACGGUGUUACAAAUGGUUCAAUUGCCAAAUAUAAAGGUUGCUUCGGCUCUUCUUUUAUCUGCUUUUCUUUAUGAUAUGUUCUGGGUGUUCAUAUCGCCGUUUAUCUUCAAGGAAAGUGUGAUGAUUGCGGUUGCUCGUGGUAACAAUGGUGGAGGGGCUGCCAUUCCAAUGCUUCUCAGACUUCCUCGGUUUUUUGAUCCUUGGGGUGGAUAUGACAUGAUAGGCUUUGGGGACAUCAUAUUUCCUGGUUUGCUCGUUUCUUUUAGUCUCAGAUUUGAUAAAGAAAACAAGAAAGGCGUGCUUAAUGGUUAUUUUUUCUGGAUAUCAUUUGGUUAUGCUUUUGGGUUGUUUCUCACAUAUCUUGCACUGUACUUGAUGAAUGGACAUGGCCAACCUGCACUGCUCUACCUUGUUCCUUGCACCCUAGGCCUUACAGUCAUUCUUGGCCGGACAAGAGGGGAACUUAGGCUUCUGUGGAGCAAUGAAAAUCCCAAAUCAAGUCAUAAUUCAGCUGCAGAAGCAUGAUUAGCAUAAAUACUCUCGCUUUUAUUAUUAUUUUUUUCUUUUCUUUUCUGCAGCUUGAUUGAUAUUGAUCAUAGAAGAAUGGAAAAGGGGCAUUUUCAUGCAUACCAAACAAAAAUUAUGUAUUUGCACAUCUAAUACAAAUUUUAGUAUUUACA